AUCGAAGCCGUUUCAUUUCCACGUGACUAAAUCCAUCCAACUCUCUCCCCUCUUUUAAAAUUGACUCCCACUUCGCCAUAUCUCACCGAGUCACUCGCGUCGCCUCUCUCAAACUCUAAACAAUGGCAGCCGCCGCGUCCUCGUCCGCCGUGAAGUCAGUACUUUCUGCUCCAUCGCUUUCCUCACCAUCAUCAUCGCUUAAGCCCAAUGCCUCGAGAUGCUCGCUAGGAUUUAUAUCCUCAUCUUCUCCAACGCUUAAGCCUCUGGUUUCUCGUGUACACACCGGACAAAAUGCCCCAUCAAAUGGAAGAUCAUCGCUUUCAGUUAAAAUGGUUUCCACUCCUUCCAUCACUCAUACGACGUCGCUUGAUUUCGAAACUUCCGUUUUCAAGAAAGAGGAGGUCACUCUUGCUGGUCACGAUGAGUAUAUUGUGAGGGGAGGGAGAGACCUGUUUCCCUUGUUGCCUGAUGCUUUCAAGGGGAUUAAGCAGAUUGGAGUCAUUGGCUGGGGAUCCCAGGGGCCAGCCCAAGCUCAAAAUUUGAGGGAUUCUCUUGCUGAAGCAAAAUCUGACAUUGUAGUAAAGAUUGGGCUGAGGAAGGGCUCCCGCUCUUUUGCUGAAGCUCGCGCUGCAGGGUUCACUGAAGAGAGUGGAACUCUAGGAGACAUAUGGGAAACCAUUGCUGGCAGUGAUCUUGUCUUGUUAUUGAUUUCUGAUGCAGCGCAGGCAGAUAACUAUGAAAAGAUAUUGUCCCACAUGAAACCAAACAGCAUCCUUGGGCUCUCCCAUGGUUUUCUUCUUGGACAUUUGCAAUCCUUGGGGCUUGAUUUUCCUAAGAAUAUAAGCGUUAUUGCUGUUUGCCCCAAGGGGAUGGGGCCUUCUGUACGGAGACUCUAUGUUCAGGGAAAAGAAAUCAAUGGUGCUGGAAUUAAUUCCAGUUUUGCUGUCCACCAGGAUGUUGAUGGUAGAGCUACAGAUGUUGCCUUGGGCUGGUCAGUAGCUCUGGGCUCGCCUUUCACAUUUGCAACCACAUUGGAGCAGGAGUAUAGGAGUGAUAUUUUUGGGGAGCGCGGCAUACUACUCGGUGCUGUUCAUGGAGUGGUUGAAUGCUUGUUCAGGAGGUACACUGAGAAUGGAAUGAAUGAAGAUUUGGCAUACAAAAAUACUGUUGAAUCCAUAACAGGAAUUAUAUCAAAAACCAUCUCAACUAAGGGCAUGUUGGCUGUUUACAACUCGUUGUCAGAAGAGGGAAAAAGGGACUUUGAGACUGCAUAUAGUGCUUCAUACUAUCCUUGUAUGGAUAUCUUAUAUGAGUGUUAUGAAGAUGUUGCUAGUGGUAGUGAGAUUCGAAGUGUUGUUUUGGCUGGUCGUCGAUUCUAUGAGAAAGAGGGCCUUCCAGCUUUCCCAAUGGGUAAGAUUGAUCAAACACGGAUGUGGAAAGUGGGUGAGCGUGUUAGAGCAACACGGCCAAAGGGUGACUUGGGGCCCUUGUGUCCAUUCACUGCUGGUGUGUUUGUGGCAUUGAUGAUGGCUCAGAUUGAGGUCUUGAGGAAGAAGGGACAUUCAUACUCUGAAAUCAUUAAUGAGAGUUUGAUUGAAGCCGUGGAUUCCCUGAAUCCUUUCAUGCAUGCUCGAGGUGUCUCAUUCAUGGUUGAUAAUUGUUCAACAACUGCACGAUUAGGAUCAAGGAAAUGGGCACCUCGCUUUGAUUACAUCCUUACCCAACAGGCCUUUGUGGCAGUGGACGCAGGCACUCCCCUUAAUCAGGACCUUAUUGGCAACUUCCUGUCAGAUCCUGUUCAUGGGGCAAUUGAAGUCUGUGCCCAGCUGAGACCAACUGUUGACAUUUCAGUGCCUCCAGAUGCAGAUUUUGUUCGCCCAGAGUUGCGUCAGUCUGGCAAUUAGAUAUAAAGAAAUUUAGCUUUACCUCUAUGUAUUUUAUGAAGGUCUACUAGGAUGGAAGAUUUUGUAGGAGUGAAGUGGGUAGGAUUUGAUCUAAAUAAAGCCUUUAUCUUCCUGUCUGAAUAGUUCACCUGAGUAAUGCUUUUUAGUUUGAAUGUUGCAAGCACAUUAAAUGUCUGUUAAUUUGGAUGCUUUGUUUCUUUUAGUUGUUGGCAGUUAUGGAAAAUGUUUCUCUCUGUUGUUCCAUUACGGAGUUAUGAGAAAUAUUUCUUUGUU